CGUUACGUACGGACGUCGCCGCGCGUCGCGUAGAUAUAUUAAAUUAUUUUCUCAGCUUCUGAUAGGUGGUGCGCGCAGCAAGUAAGAAAGAAAUUUGUGUAUUGCAGCAGAAGUUUUUCAGUGCGCACAGGCUGUGCCGCGCUGCUGCGAGACUCGACAGAGUUAAGGUUCAAAACUAAUGUGUAACAAAGAAAAGUGCUAAGAAAUUCAAAUACUAGUGAACAACGUAAAAUACAUUUAAGUUCAAGGUUUACCGUUUCUCCAUACAAUGCCAGAACCGAAGUUCAAACGCAACUAAAUUUAAAACGCUGUGCAGAUUUUUGUAUACACGGUCGCGUGAGUGUGUGCGUGUAUAUAUAUAUGUGUGUGCGUGUGUGUGAGCGAGUGUUGUAACUGCUGCAUUUUGCUUUAUCAAAGAGCCAGUGCUAUUAUUGAAUUAAUAAAUGUACACACAAUAAGAAAAUAUAUAACAUUGUCUCAAUCUAUCUGUGGAAAAAUAUCUAAACCCAAUUACUCAGUUUGCUCUCAGUUUAAUUCGAUUGACACAGAGGCAGGCGGCAGAGCGCGAGCGCAAGCAGCAGCAGCAGUAGCAACAGCAGCAGCAGCGACAGCAGCAGCCCCAACAGAAUAUAAGGCGACAGACUUAACUUGCCCACUCUUCGCCUGUUGGUGGUGGGAGACACGCACACACAACAGCAACAGAAACGGCAAUAGCAACAACAAGGAGAGCCAAACCUACUCUCAGCUCUGCUUUUGCGCAGACAACCUCUGCGAAUUCGCCGUGUCUCUGAGCGCUGCUCAGUUGCAGCUCGGUCGACGCUAUUUGGAAACACCUUGCUCCAAUAUUUUUGCCUGGCUUGUGCUCUGCUCUGCUCUGCGCUGCUCUGUAGCUGGCGUUAGUUCGCACGACUCAAUCGCCGUUGUCGUUGCCGUCGCAGUCGCAGUUGCCGUCUCAGUAUCGUUUCGUGCGAUUCUUUGCACUGCAGCAGAAUAAAAUUCGUCGGGAAAACUCGCUGCCACAAAGAAAAAGGCAACAUUUUUUGUUGUUGUAAUUUUCCAAUGCUGCUUGGCUGUGCUUUGCACGCGAUUCCCUACAAUUUGGUUGCGGCCAGUGCUGCAGCUGCUGCAGCAACAACAAUAACAACUCAAAGCAGAACGGCAGCAGCUUCAACAUUGUCGCCGUGUCGCCAGCAGCGCCGCAGCAUCGCCAGCCCCUCGGACUCGCUAUGUACGACAAAAACAAGAACAACAACAGGAACAUCGACGGGAGGCGCAGCAGCGACGACGCCAGCAUAGAACAGAAUACGCAGCAGCAGCCGCAGCAAGAGGAGGAGCAGCGGCAGCAGCAAAUGCAGCUGGCAGUAACCGCAGUCAGGACGAGGGCGAACACGAACAGGAGCAGGACCUUAGCCACGUCCAAGGCGAGAGCUAGAGCCACGUCGUUAAUCUAUUUACCGCCUUUCUGUCAGCCAUGUGGACACGUGCCUGCGGCAGCAGCAGCGGCGGUAGCAGCAUCGGCAUCGUCCAGCAGCUGUUCCUUGGAAACGACUUCUUGUUGCUGUUGUUUUUGUUGUAGUAGCAGUAGGGAACAUAAAAAUGAUGAUAAACAUGCCACAGCGCCGACGGUGACAACCGCAGGAGCAGGAGCAGCAGCAGCAGCAGGAGUAGCGGCAACAACAACAGCAAUAAUGUGCCCCGUCUCAGUCGCAGUUUCAGCCUCAGUCUCAGCCUCAUCCUCGCCAGCAACUGCUUUGAAGCUGGCAAACAAAUUCCUGCAGCGUGAUAUUCUGUUUGGCGUGGCGCCUAGUUGCAACGAUCUCAGACGUUCAACGCAAUUAGUUAUGCCAAUUGUUGUAGGUGGCAGCAACAGCAGCAGCAUCCGUGGCAGCGUCUCGGAAUGUUUGCGACGCCAGCGACGUGAGCGUAUGCGAUUCGAGCGACAAAGUCAAGAGGCAACGCAGCUGGACACAAUAAAACCAAUCAGCGACGCAACAGCAACUAGAACUACAACAGCAACAGCAGCAGCAGCAGAUGCAGCACUUGCAACAACAAAUAGUUCGCAAACAACGACAACGAUUGAGGAGAAGAAGUUGAAUGAGCAGCUUGUUCAAGAUGAAGAUGAAGAUGAUGAUGAUGAAUGUAGGUGCUAUAACUAUAACGGUGAUAUUAGUGUGCUGGAACGUCUAGAGCAACAGAAGGAGCAGGAAGCGCUAAAGAAAAAGCAGCGACAGCAGCAGCAAGAGAAGGAGCGACAGCAACAGCAGCAGACGCUGCCUGAGUGGUAUCAACUUCCUAGCAUUACGUGGCUAAAAUUCUGGCAGCAGCAACUGUGCAACAGCAGCAGCAGCAGUGACGCCAGCAACUUCGCCAAUGCGACAACGCUAACAACGAAUAUAACGACAACAACAACAACAGCAACAACAUCAGCGACAACAACAACAAUUGACAGGAGUUGGGGCAGAAGCUGCGGCAGCAACAGCAUGACGUCGACAAAAAGUUGGCUGAGAGCACUGUGGCUGACGUUGCUGCUGGCCACGUCCGUUAGUGGCUGGGGAGGACGUCAAGACGCGCCUACAAAUUGCACAUUUCCUGCUCGAUGGGAGGGCUCCUGGUUUUUAUCUGGCUACCAGCAAUCCAUACACAUCAAGGGCUCGCAAUUCAGUUAUCGGGGCAGGUGCGCCGCCUCGGAUGGUAACAAAUAUCUGAUUGUGGAUGAGAAAGGAUGUCAUCGUUGCCUGGUUAUCUAUGAGAAGCAUAAGAAUGUGCUGCAGUAUAAAGAAAGUGAGUGCGAAGGUGAUAGUAUGUAUAUGCAUCAGUCGAACAAUCCAUCUGCACUGGCGAUGCGUAGCUCUAUUAAACAAAGUGAUCAUAGGGGGGGAGCUCAUCCCAAUACGAACGGGCAUUCAAGACUAUCAUCAUCGGAUCAGUACAUAAUGAGAUCCAAUGACGAUAUGAAUGAUUACCAUUGCAAGGGCCGUGAGACUUUACAGAAUCUCUGCGAUCAAAUACCGGGCGAUGCUCUGCUUUAUUCGCUGUUCCGUGAGAGCGCUGAACCGGUCAAGUGCCCACUAAAGGGUCCCUUUAUAUUCACUUACAAUCGCGGCCAUGGGGAAUGCAAGUCCCCCGUCUCGAACAUUGAGAGCUGCACCGAGGAGAGUCGCCUGCUAUUAAGUUUUCAGGCCUGUCCCGAUGUCCAGGGCACAGAGAGUACGGUUGAGGAGCUUACCUGUCUGGCCACAUGGAAGGACGGGAACUCACGGUAUUUGGUGGGUCUUGUCUCGCAUCACCAUGCCAUUUCGAAUGAGGAGCGUUAUCGUUGCUUUGUUUACGAGAAAAUCUCCUCGCUGAUGGGUGGCCCAAGCAUGCUCAGCUCGAAGGAUGCCGAGUAUAAGCUGGCACAAUCCGGCGACGCCACUUGCAAUGGCUUAGACAGCGCCGAGGUUGGCUCGCGAAUAAUGUCGCUGCGCAAACCGCCGGCGGCGGAGCGCUGCGAUUUUCCUGCCUGGUUCAAGGGUCCACGACACUGGCAUGCACUUAUGGGGAAUGCUGUCUACAAUUAUCAUUCCAACGAUGGCUCCGUGCACAUUAUUAAGCCCAACGGCUACAUGGAGACACGUGCCCUCUGUGAGCAGAUAAACAAACAGACCUCAACCGAAAUGAUGGCUGUGGUGCACUACACCACCGGCUGCCAAUCAGGCUUUAUGUGCAUGAUGUUCUACCGCCGGGACACGCACGUCAUUGAGAUACAAACGGGCAAGCCGGCCAUUCGUCUGGAGGAUGCCUGUGCUCCGGAUCACUUUGACUUCAAUAAGAUGGCCUACAUAACGCUGCUGGCUAGCAAUCCGGAACCGCAUAUUUGCCCUAUGGAGGGCCUGUACAAUCUGCGCGGGGCAAUUGGACCACCGUACCUGGUCACGCGCCACAAGCGCAAUCACAAUGGCAAAUCGCAUCUUGGGCAUGGUCAUCAUCAUCAUCAGAACGAGGGUCUGGACGCCGGCUCUUUUGGCCACAAGGGGCACAGCACACUCAGCUUCCGCAAUGCCGAGCGCAUGGAGCGUGGCUCCUGGCAUGCCAACACACGGGGCCUGCCCGCGCGUAGUCGACGCAAUGCUGCAGAGCCGAGGCCAGCCCAGCAGCAGGAGUCCCCGGAUCGUUUGCAGCAGGUUUUGGUUCUCAGCAGCUCCAACGAUACCAGCGUAGGUUUCAUAGCAACACGCAGUCGACGAGAUGUUCCCGGUUGUGUAACCAACUACAAUGCCCAGCGACAACUUUGGGUGGGCUGCACGGCACCCAACGUCAUCGAUGUGAGUCCACUGUGCAGCCUGGAUGGUGAGGAGGAGUACUCCUGUCACGGUUCUUGGAGCGAGAACAGUACGGUCUACAUUAUCGCCAGGCAUAAGGGCACAAAACAUGGCGUCUGUAUCAGCUACAGGCCCUCGGAGGGCAAUGCAGCUAAACUGGUCGUGGGCGAUGCCUGCUAUCGUGGCACUCAAAAGCCUCCCGAUCAUCAUCUGGUGGCCAAUCUAUCCUUUUUUGGUAAAUGUGGUGAGACGGGCUCCAGUGCCAGCUCUUCAGCUCAGUUGGCUAACUGGCUGCUGCUGCUGGCCAUGUUGACGUGGCCAGCGUUCCUGGGAUGUCACAACUUCUACAAUUUGAUAAAUGGGUUAGGCCAAGGAUCGGCACACUAACCCUACCGAUUCACAAUCUGAUGAAACAUGUAUACAAGACACACACUUAAGACUAAUUGUACAUUGCAUAUUGUAUAUGUAAGGCCUACGCGAACGUAAACAAUUCAGAAUAUCU